CAUAACUGGCAAAACAAUAUUAUGUGGCAUGUCAUAGUAAUUAGUUUCCAUCGUUUCCAUACAUGUUCUCUGUGAUUAUCUCAGUAAAUUAGCGGUUUUUACUACUCGACUUUAUAAUCUCAAUUUUUGCAAAACAAUCCAUUAGAUUUGAGUUGUAAUAUUUAAUAUACAGAAGAAUUUUGUAUGUCGAGCCAUACAACGAUACCAGUGUGCAAUUAUGGAUGGUAAAGAUAUAGUUCGGAGCUAAUAAAAUGCCCUACUGAAUGCAGCAGCCUUUCAACAUCGAAAGUAAACCAUGAAAGUUCAUAGAUGUUUGGUGGUGCUAGUGCUGACUUCUUUUUUUCUUAUCUGGUAUUACAUCUUGCGAGUGAAUAAUGGAAUUUUUAAUGGGCUUAAUCUGGGAUCGAAUAUCAGCUUCAGCAGUGUCGGCAUGGCACGUAAAAGCAUUGUUCCAUCGAUGGUCAACGGAACAGAGAUAGCGAUUGUGGUGGUGGCUUGCGGAGAACGACACAAUGAAGCAAUGAAUAUGAUCAAAUCUGCAAUUAUGUUCAACCGAAACCAGUCUCCUCUAAAAUUUAUUGUUGUGGCCGAAGAUCAGUUGAAGCAAAAUUUUGUAGAAAAACUAACCGAUUGGCAAGAAACUAACGACAACAUUUUUACUUUCGAGAUACAUUCUCUUACAUUUCCGGCUGCGAACAAAGACGAAUGGAAAAAGUUAUUUAAGCCAUGCGCUGCACAAAGAUUGUUCUUACCGUCUUUGCUGUUGCAUAUCGAUUCAGUAUUAUACGUAGAUUCGGACACAGUUUUCCUGUCCCCUGCGCAGGAGCUGUGGUCCAUGUUCCGACAUUUUAAUGCCUCGCAAUUUGCCGGAAUGGCACCGGAACAUGAAGACAAGAAUGCCGGUUGGUAUAAUCGGUUUGCGCGACAUCCAUACUACGGAGACUUGGGUGUUAACUCGGGUGUAAUGUUAAUGAAUCUCACUCGGAUGCGAGACUUCAAAUGGGAGCAACACAUCAUGCCCAUCUAUAAAGAGUUCCGCCUGAAAUUAGUAUGGGGAGAUCAGGAUAUCAUAAACAUUCUAUUUCACCACCACCCAGAUCGAUUGUAUGUGUUUCCAUGUGACUGGAAUUACCGCGCCGAUCACUGUAUGUACAUGAGCGUUUGCGAUGCACCAGAUGGGGUCAAAAUAAUCCAUGGGAAUAGAGGCUAUUUCCAUUCGCCAGUACAGCCGAUCUUCAAUUUAAUCUAUACAACGAUCGAAGAGUACGCGUUUCGAACAGACAUUCAUUCCAACUUUAUUCGUACGAUCGAGGAUUCAUUAGUGCUGCCGAGUAAUUCGAACUGUGAUAAGCUGCUGGAUAAGUUUUUGCAGGAUCCGAGGAAAUAUUUCAAACAGAACCAGUAUGUCGACGAUACUUAAAAAGCUGAUCAAAUUUUUAUUUUGGGUAGAACAGUAUAUCUUGGAUUAUCAAUCAAACAAAUCGAAUAUUGAAUACUCGAACAAUUAGAAGUAGUGAUUUAAACAAUGAAACGAACGGACAAAUCAGAAAGAUUGAUUUCUAUACUCGUUUACGGAAAACGACAACGUGUUUUUGAAACUCGCCUAAAUAAUAAUUAGUUUAGCCAAAGCUGUUUUCAUUAUUGUUGUCUGAAACAGCCGAGAGUUAUUCUUCAUUUGAUUUUUUAGUUCUUGAUCAUUGUUUCGUAAAAUAUCAGUCAAAAGGUUUCGUAGAAUAAUUUUAGUCAAAAUAUAGCAACGUAAGCAACUAAUACAUCAUAGUUAUAAUGUUUGAUUUG